AGUCCAUUUGAGUCAUCCGCACACGCGCACACAGGACACGGGGAACAAUCCUGCGCUGUUUGUUUAAGUCUCCCCAAACCAAACCCACAGCGAAAAUGGUCAAAUACAUGACACAGCGCAGAGAGCUGAAGCGUGAGGAGGUCCUUUCAGAGUCGGACGCGUCCAUGGACCCGCAGGACUUCAGGGAGAUGCAAUCCGACUAUUCCUUCAGCGACGUGUUUUACUCCAAAUGCUCCGCAAUGGACCAAAUCGACACUUUUAUGAAGAAUGUUCAAGUGCUGCUCGAUGCAGCAAAUUACAUAGAAAAUGUCGAGAGGAACAACGGAAAGUGUGAGCAUGGAUAUGCAUCUUCAUACCCAGCCAGUGACAGUGUGCAUCAGCUGAAACAAAGACCGUUUAAAAGCAGGAAAAUGGACAAUAUUCACAGCAGGUCAGCGCACAAUGAACUGGAAAAGAACAGAAGAGCUCACCUUCGCCUGUGUCUGGAGAGGCUGAAGUCGCUCAUCCCUCUGGGCCCAGACUGCAGUCGACACACCACUCUAGGACUGCUCAACAAGGCCAAAGCACACAUCAAGAAACUUGAAGACACUGACCGAAGGAGCCAGCAUCAGCUAGACAUCUUGGAGAGAGAGAGAAGGCAUCUGCAGAGGCAGCUGGCUCAGCUGCAGCCUGUGGGUGAGAGAGAGAGGCUGCGUAUGGACAGUCUGGGCUCUCGGGAAGACUCAGAUCAGACAGAGUCUGACAGAGAGGACAUUGAAGUGGACGUAGAAAGCACUGAGUUCUCCCAUGGAGAGAUGGACAGUGUCAGCACAAGUGGAGUAAGUGAUCUGGAUGACCACAGCAGCCGACAGAGCUCCAUCAGUGACGAAGGCUACUCCACCUGCAGUCUCAAACUGGCCUUCAAUGUCUGAAGCACCAGCUUAGCCUAUCCCUCCAGCUGCAGUGUCCUCACCGUAACACUAGGCUAAAGCUCCAUCCUCUUGCAGUUUAGACUAACUGUUCAGAAGUACCAGCCUAAGCCAACUCCUCCAACCCAGAACCUGCCUUACGUUGAGUCCCAUUUACAAGGGCUCUUUUGAAGAGUCAACAUUAAUUAAUCAUGUUAUGUACUCAAGUAGAACUCUCAUGGCAAUAUACAACUUCAUUUUUGAAGCUGAAACUCGACUUAACCAAUUACCUGAAUGCCCUUAUUUUACAGGCUUCUGCAACAGAUGCAUAACUCCAUUAAAGCUACACCAGCAAAACAAAAACCUCCCAAUUCUUGCUUAAAGCCGCUAUUGGGAAAAUUGUUUCCUUGCCUUUUAUACAUAUAUUUUUUUCCAUUUGAUAAAACGUCUAAACAGCACAUCCUGUUGCCCAGACACAGGUGCUAUGAUGUCUGCAUUCCAAAAUGUUGGGAUAGCCUUUUCUGCUUUAGGACCCACAUCACUGCUAUAGGGUCCCUCUGACUAAAAUGUAGUCAUGUCCAAACAGGUGGUGUCAUCCACCAUUUAUUUUUUAUUUAUUUUCAAUAUUAUAGUAUUUAUUUUGGUAUAUUUAAUUGUACAAUAGCUAUAGAUAUUUGGUUAUGCUUGAAAAAUACACAUUUUAAAUUAUUAACAUUGAAUUAUUUGCUUGCUAGACAUUUCUUGGCCAAUCAUUUCUUUCCUUCAUG